UGGCCCGCCUUUGUAAGAUGAAGAGCACAGUGCACAAGCCGGCUACUGUUUCCUCUACAGUCUUUAAUUUGCUUUAAAGAAGCAAUGAAGGACGUACUUGUAUUCCUGAUUCUUCUGAAUACCCAAAUUAUAAAGGUGUGCCUUCAGCCCUAUCAGCCUGACUCAAAUGGAAAUUGUCGUGACAGUACAACAGAAUAUGUGCAUGAGGGACUGAGGCUGUGUUGCAAGAAAUGCCAGCCUGGACAGCGACUGAUACAAUUCUGCACUGAAACAACUGACAGCGUGUGUAAACCAUGUGAGCCAGAGCAGUACAUGGGGAAUUGGAACUAUGCUGGAAACUGUUUGUCCUGUGCCAAAUGUAAAGAAGCCAAAGGUCUGCAGUAUGCACAUAGAUGCAACUCUACCACAAAUGCCAAGUGUACGUGUCAGCCUGGGAGGUACUGUAUCCUGGGGUUUAAUAAGCCAUACUGCAGUGACUGCCACAAGUACAACAUAUGCAAAGUUGGUCUUGGAGUGUCUGUGCCAGGGACAGCAAACUCAAAUGUGAAGUGUGCACCAUGUCUCAAAGGGACAUUCUCUGACACAGUCUCCUACAAGGACCCCUGUCGGCCUCAUACAGACUGUCAUGGGCGGGCUGUUGUUAAAAAAGGGAACGCCACGUCAGACACUGUGUGUAAACCUGAGGCAACAAAAGAGCCUCGCACGACUGGACGUACGAUGAGCACAGUCUCAGAAAUCUUAAACUCCAAACCUACACGUGGACCAACAAACUCCGGGUUUUCUGUCAUUCCUUCAACAAGCCCACCACCACCGAUAGCACUUGGCAUUACACUGGCCAUUAUCGGAGUGGUCACGUUAAUUUUGCUGUUCAUCGCUCUCAUUCUGCUGUUCGUUUAUAAACCAAUCUGUAAGAAAGAUGCAGCAAGACUUCAUCCUAAAGUUGACGCAAAUGGAAAUUGUGAUAGUAGUGAUAAAGGCACUCAGGGUUGCUUGGAGGAAGCUCAUCUGACUUUGUUCACAGUUACAUCACCAGAACAACAGUGUCUGUUGGAGAGAGGGGAAGCCUGCAGCAACCACAGUCAGUGUACUAUCAAUACUGAAACUCUGACCAGAACAGAAGGCUCUAGUAGUCAUGAGUCCAUUGGCCCUUUGCAAUCCACAGCAGCCCUCAACAACCAAUACUCUGCUCUGUCGGAGCCCAUGCCCUUAAUUUCCAACAGAGAGCCUGUCAUACCUCUGCCUAGCACCCCCACACAGUCAGUCAUUAGCCCUGUUACCACCAGUCCCCACGUCAAUGUCAACAUCACUUUCCAUAUAGGAAAUGGGUCCUGUGGCGGACAGUCUGCCAUGCCAACAGACUCGAUGCAAGCAGAUGCAAACUGUAAGCUCCCCCUUGGAGAAGAAGAGGAGUCCUUUAGCAUCCCACAGCAAGAGGAUGGCAAACAGUCACUAAUGUCAGUGCAGGAGAGGGAUAGUUACAGUUUAUGAAGUUUCACUGGCAUGAAAGACUGAUCACGUUUUGUCAUUAUACAAGAAGAAACUUAAACCUUUGUUGUACUAUUUCCAUAUCAAAAUCAUACACCUGUUACUGUGUGUAAAUAUAUGUAUAUACAGAAUACUUUAAAUAAUGAUGUCUGGGACACCUAUGGUCAGAGGUUUUAACUUGUCUGGGGCCCAGGGACCCAUUGUCUCAUGUUCAUGUCUGGAGCCAGGUAAGUGGCAAAAUUUUAUAGAAAGAAUUGUUCAAAGUUUUUCUAGCAUCCACACAUUGAUUUGAUCACCACCAAUUUAACUAAUGUUACUAUCUAUGGCAAACAAGGAAGAGAUAUUCAAGAUCCUUGUAAAUGAACAUUCUAAAGACUUUGGGUCAACACUAUUUAGCAUUUUUUAAGACUUUAAGACUUGCAGAUACUCUGAGUUUUAAGGACAGUUAACCUUUUAUGAACCUGUUUAAAAAAAUAAAAAAUCUAUGA